AGGAAAGGGCAGAAGGAGCUGUUUUAAAAGAGGAGCAAAGCGUCCGUGCUCAGGCAAAGAGCAGCUGAAACUGACAGACUGCCAGAGCACAGCAACCGGGAGAGCAGAUUAGAGGCAGUGACUUCCACAUUCAUAGCCUGGCUGGCAACACCAAGCCUCACUCUGACCACUGCCUCAGACCUUUUGAAAAAGAGAAAGAAGAGAAAGCAUCUCAUUCAAGGGAGAGCUGAGUGAACAUACUUUUAGGGUCCCUGAGAUCUUCGCAUCAUGAAGCUCUUGACAGUAGUUUUCCUCUUGCUGUUCAUUGUAAUCUGCUUUAACAGCGUAGAAGGAUCAAAAUGCAAAUGCUUACGAAAGGGCCCCAAGAUCAGAUUCUCUGAUAUACAGAAACUUGAAGAGAGGCCAAAGUAUCCAUAUUGCAAAGAAAGAAUGAUCAUAGUCACAAUGAAAUCAAGGUUCCGAGGUGGACAUCAGUACUGCUUGCAUCCUAAACUCCCAAGUACAAAAAGAUUACUUAAGUGGUACACAAUAUGGAAAGAGAAAGAGAGAGUUUAUGAAGAGUAAGCAAGCACUUACUGGAAGAAACAGGAUGAUUUGGUGAACAUGAGAAAGAGGCAGAAACUGGAGGAGAUGACUUCUCACAAGACGCGACUCAAAACCUAUAUUGUUAUAAAGCACUUUUUACCAAGGACCACUUUUUACACUUUAUAGCUGUAAAAAAAAAAUACCAGCCAGAUUUCAUACGUGUCUUUUACAUGUUAGAUUUCAUACAUACCUUCUUUGUAGUGAGAAAUAUCUUGAGACAUAAUCUUCAUUUACAAGUUAUCAUUUUUAAAAAAGAUCAUCGGUUAGUUCAUAUAUCACUAUGACUGGAAAUUGGGCUUUAUAAGCUCAUUCAGUGAACCAUAAUUUGUAAAAAAAAAAAAUGUUCUAAAAUAGUGCUUCCUCUUGGGAAACUUUCUAUGCUAUUGUAAAGAUUUCUAGUAGCUGAAUGUGUCCUUUGCAAUAGAAGAGAGGCAUGUAAGGUGCAGUUUUUUAUAUAGGAUGAUACACACUACGGCACAAUUUCAAAAAUAAGGUUUUCCAGUGGUUACAAGAUAGAUAUAAGCUGUUUACUUUUAAAUCCCUGCUCAGUGUGUGAUAUACAAUAGGAUAGCGUUUUCCUCUUCUUUUCUUUUAUUUCUUUUUUCCUCUUUCUUUUGUAUGUGUGUGUGUUUGUUUGUAAGGAAAAACAUUUCUAAAGUGGUUUAAUACAAAGAAACCCGCCCCCCUUCUGAGGUUCUUCUUAAAAGUUUGCACCUUCAGUGUCGGGAUGUUUUAAGCUUUGGGAAUAUCAUGUAUGGUUCUUUAGAUAUUUAGUUUGAGCCUAUUAAAAUGUACCUUUUUACUGGUGGAAAAAUCUCUGAUGGGAAAUGGAUAUAUUUGUUUUAUUCACAUUUCUUCUUCCCUUUGAAUGUAAUACUUUCAACGGUAAGUAGUGCAUUCCUCUUUUUAAAAUAUAAAUAACAAAAACUACCUUUGCAAUUGUAAAUAUACUACAGGAGAUUUCCCUAUAUUCUCUUUCCACAUAAAGUAUUGUACGGCUAAAUUAUCAUAUGCUAUUUAAAUGUUUGGAAUAUUUAGGAAGUUGCAUGCAGAUUUCUUAUUUCUUUCUAUGACAAAUGGAAAAAAUAAAGAAUAAAAUACAUUUAAAAGGA